UCCACUUCUCCUCACUCCCCACCCCACGGGUCCUGUCUGCCCCGAGCCACCGUAAUCUCCCCAGAGUUCUGCACCAGUGCCCACCUGCCAGCCCUGCUCUCCACGCAGCACCGGAAAGACCCGUGCUAAAAGGAGAUGCCCUGACCUCGCACCCGUUAGAAUGGUUGAACGACAACAAAGAAACAGAAAACAAGUGCCGGGGAGGACGUGGAGAAACUGGAACCCUCGUGCACUGCCGCCGGGAAGGUGAAACGGCGCGGCUGCGGUGGAGAACGGUAUAGCGGUUCCUCAAAAAAUUAAACACAGGAUUACCGUAUGGCCGUCAUGGCGGGCUUGCUGAAGAAGACCACUGGCCUUGUGGGACUGGCUGUAUGUGAGAGUCCACACGAGAGGCUAAAAAUAUUGUAUACAAAGAUUCUUGGACAAAUCCCUAAAAAUGCAGCAUACCGGAAGUAUACAGAACAGGUUACAACUGAGAAGCUGAGUAUGGUUAAAGCGGAGCCAGAUGUUACAAAAUUAGAAGAGCAACUUCAGGGAGGCCAAAUAGAAGAGGUGAUUCUUCAGGCUGAAAAUGAACUAAGCCUGGCAAGAAAAAUGGUGCAGUGGAAACCAUGGGAGCCUUUAGUGGAAGAGCCUCUUGCCAACCAAUGGAAGUGGCCGAUAUAAACAUCAUUAAAUGACUUGUGUGUUUAUGGGAAACUGAUGUAAUUAAAUAUUCUGUUAUAUUAAAAAUAUUUCCAUAUUAUUGACAUCUUAUAAUCAAGAAAACUGAUACAGACCAUAUAUAGGAGACUUGAUGAAAUUGCUGAUUAUGUA